AUGCUUCUACGACUUGGUUUCGCACUUCUCGCCAUCGCCUUGGUUUCGGCUAAUGAGGUCCGUGGCCGUCGCCAAUCCUCAUGCGGAUGCCAGGCCAUCGUUGCCAACGACCAAUGCCAAUGCCAACCCACAACCCCAUCUUGCAAGUGCCAACAAGUGACCGCCAUCGCCACCACCGCCGCCCCGUGUGCAUGCCAGCCAGUGAUGCAGACGACACCCGUAGAGCUCUUUUCCUAUAUCCCUUACUACUACCUUCUACAGGCCCCUGUCUCCUGCCAGUCCUGCCAAUCCCAAUGUGUCUCCUCCUGCUUGACUGUCCUCCAGUACCAGCAGUGCGAGCCCCAGUGCCAGCAGACCUGCGCCCCCGUCUGCCAGGUCAAGGUCCGCAUCGACCAGUCUACCCAGUGCAUGCCCCAGUGCGAGAACGCCUGUCAGUCGCAGUGCACCGCCGCCGGUCAGCAGUACCAGCAGUGCCAGCCAGCCUGCCAGCAGAGCUGCACCUCCACCUGCCAGCCGACCGUCACCUCGUGCCAACAGGCCACCCAGAUCAGCUAUCUUACGGUGACCCAACAGCAGCAACCCGCCCAGCAAUCUUGCCAAUGCCAGCAGGGAUACGCCCCGUGCAACCAGGGCACCCAGUGCUGCCGUCGCCGC